UGUGUGUGUGAGAGAGAGAGAGAGAGAGAGACACUGUGUGAACAUUUCCGACAGCCCCUGAAGGCAGCAGGAGUCCUCCCAGUCAGAUCUGGCUGAACGUGACGUGCCGACUCGGAGCCGAGGAGCGAGGUUUCCUGGCGGAGCUUCGGAGGGAGCAGGAGCCGAGCGGGUCUGUCUGUCUGUCCGUGUGUCUGUCUGCCGUCGCCGCCGCCGCAGUCUCUGUCUGUCUGGGACAAACACACAAAAAAACCCUCCUCUUUUCGGCUUCCUCGGCCUGGACAUCAGCGGCUAUGGAUCCAUCGCUGUCCUCCUCCUGCUUUCACCACUGACGGACGUUACUCCGUUGGAUGCUCCAGUGCCCAUAGAGGAGGAGGGGAGGAGGUGGAGGAGGAGGAGGAAGAGGAGGGGGGCUUCCCUAUCAUUCUUCGACUACCAGGCUGACUCACCGCUGGAGCGCCUGAACACAGAGGAAGAAGAAGAAGAAGAAGAAGAAGUUUGAAGAGAACUGAGAAGCAGAGAGUGAGAAGGAGGGAGGGAGAGAAAGAGGGGAGGAAAAAAAAAACAACUAAAAGAGGUGAGGAAGACUAGGAGGGGAGAGAGAGAAGGAAGACAGCAAGAGAAAGUCAGGGUGGGUCGGCAGGGCGAGAGCAGGAAAGAGAAAGUGAAAGAAAGAGAACGAUAGAGAGACAAUAUAGGGUCAUACAGCCCAGUGGAGAACAAGUUGACAGAUCUGAAGUCAGGCGAGAGGGGGCGCAGGUAGGUUGGAGUUAGGGUGGAGGUCGGAGGUCAAGCGGUCAGACGGGAGGCUGACUGAGCUUCAGCCGAACAAACUGUCCCGCUACCCCCCUACCCCUGACAACUGCCCUUUCAGCGUCACCACACUGGGAGAGCUGGUGACGAGGAGAAGCCACCAUGAGCGACCAGAACGUCGUCAAGGAAGGCUGGGUCCAGAAAAGAGGUGAGUAUAUCAAGAACUGGCGACCACGCUACUUUCUGCUGAAGACAGACGGCUCUUUCAUCGGCUACAAGGACAAACCACAGGACUCUGACCUGGCCUACCCGCUCAACAACUUCUCUGUAGCAAAAUGUCAGCUGAUGAAGACAGAGCGGCCCAAGCCGAACACCUUCAUCAUCCGCUGUCUGCAGUGGACCACUGUCAUCGAGAGGACUUUUCACGUAGACACUCCUGAUGAGAGGGACGAAUGGGCAGAGGCCAUCCAGAUGGUAGCUGAGUCUCUGGCCAAACAGGAGGAGGAGGGCAUCCUGUGCAGCCCCACCUCCCAGAUCGAGAACGUCAACGAGGAGGAGAUGGACACCUCCAUCAGCCACUACAAACGAAAGACAAUGAAUGACUUUGACUAUCUGAAGCUUCUGGGCAAAGGCACUUUUGGGAAAGUCAUUCUGGUGAGGGAGAAGGCGAGUGGUACCUACUACGCCAUGAAGAUCCUAAAGAAGGAAGUCAUCAUAGCCAAGGAUGAAGUUGCUCACACACUCACAGAAAGUAGGGUAUUAAAAAACACUCGGCAUCCAUUCCUAACUUCUCUGAAGUACUCGUUCCAGACGAAAGAUCGGCUGUGCUUUGUAAUGGAGUACGUCAACGGAGGAGAGCUGUUUUUCCAUUUGUCAAGAGAAAGAGUCUUUUCGGAGGACCGCACCCGUUUCUAUGGCGCUGAGAUCGUCUCUGCUCUAGACUACCUACAUUCUGCCAAGAUUGUCUAUCGGGAUCUGAAGCUGGAGAACCUCAUGUUGGACAAAGACGGCCACAUCAAGAUCACAGACUUUGGCCUCUGCAAAGAAGGCAUCACCGACACUGCCACCAUGAAGACCUUCUGUGGAACACCAGAGUACCUCGCUCCUGAGGUGCUGGAGGACAACGACUACGGGCGGGCGGUGGACUGGUGGGGUUUGGGUGUGGUGACGUAUGAGAUGAUGUGCGGCCGCCUGCCGUUCUACAACCAGGACCAUGAGAAGCUGUUCGAGCUCAUCCUCAUGGAGGAGAUCAAGUUCCCACGAACCCUGUCGGCCGACGCCAAGUCGCUGCUGUCAGGGCUGCUCAUCAAGGACCCCAACAAACGGCUGGGCGGCGGACCAGAUGACGCUAAGGAGAUCAUGCGACACAGUUUCUUUGGCACAAUCGACUGGCAGGACGUCUACGACAAGAAGCUGGUCCCACCUUUCCAGCCCCAGGUCAGCUCAGAGACGGACACGCGCUACUUCGACGAGGAGUUCACAGCACAGACCAUCACCAUCACUCCGCCGGAAAAAUACGACGAGGACGGGAUGGACGCGGCGGACAACGAGCGAAGGCCUCAUUUCCCACAGUUCUCCUACUCAGCCAGCGGGCGGGAGUGAGCGCUCGGGGCCCAGCCAGCCAGUAUCGUACCCAUUCGUGGCCAUUUUGAGGAAAACACGUAGCCAUUUUAGGGAAAAAAAUACCAGUCUCCCCUCUUUUUCUCCUUCUCUGCCUCCUCACAGAUGGGGAGAAGUCUUUUUAGGGACUUUAAAAGAGGUUUUUGCACAGUGGGAUAGACUCCAGCCGGUCUCCCCACACUAAAAAAUAAGUCUCCUACAUUUUCAGCGCUAUUUACUGCAGAAGGCAAUGUUUUUGUUAUUUAUUUUUUUCUCUUUGUCAGUAUUAAGUUGUCGACCCGGGUUGCGUUCAUCUUUAUUUUUUGUUUGAUGUUCUGCCCUUUUUCUUUUUGACUUUUUGCACUUGGUUUGGAAGAGCCGUUUUAGGGAACAAAAAACCAAAAAUGUUGCCUUACGUGUGCAGAUGUUUCGUAUCAUACCGACAGGGUGAUUUUUGUUUGUUUGUUUGUUUUGGGAGAGGGCGGGCGGUUUUCGGGGUUGAGAAUAAGUGCAUGGCUCGUGGAUCACUCAAAAAAAAAAAAAAAAAAACACCUACAAAAAUGUUUUCUCUCUCAUACAUUUGCCAUGGCAGCGCACAUUCCCCAAUCCCAUGGCAAUGAAGAUCACCGUCUACAGGUCAACAAAAAACAAGCAAAAGAAAGACGAGCGAGGACGAGUCUGUAUCAUUCCUUUCAUUGUUGCAGUGUUACUACUUUGCUGUUGUAUUUUUUCAACCCAUGUUUUUUUCUCGCACUCUACUUCUAAGUUGUUCUUUUACUUUGAAACAGGAAACACUAAACUGCCAGAAACUGCACAGUUCACUCAGGCGCCACAGAGCACAACCGCGUUCAAACUCAGCUAACCGCUCCAGCUUUCCACAGCCGGCAGGGGAACGAGGCCUUUCUCUGCUUUCUCACCGCUCCUCCUCCUCCUCUUCACCUCCUCACCUCCGCUCUUCUGUUUCCUCAUCGUAGCUGUAGGACUAGUGGAAUGGGUGUUUACACAGGGACAUGUGGCUUAAUGUAUGUAUGUACUGUAUGUAUGCGGGACAAGGGGGUUAACCAUAUGCUGUCAUAGCACACACACACACACACACACACACACAUAUAUUCACACUCAGAAACAGGAAACAGCUGUGAGUUCUGCGUACUGAUCAGACUGAAGUCGACAGUUUACUCCACACAAAAUCAAAUUAGUUGUUUUCUUAAACGAACAGAAUAUCAGAACGCCAAGUGUGUUUGUGAAACAGCAACAGUUGAUGUCAGGUGAAGAACCGCACAGUAAAUGUGUUUAUCCACUCCA